GUAUUUAUCUUUAUGCAUGUUUGAAUAUGGUAUAUAUUACAUUCUAUUGUGGUUCAUAUCUUUAAUUUAGAUGACUGGAGAUAUUCCAACAAUGGAGCUGCUUCCUGAGAUACCAAGAACAGAUGAUCCCUACCCUCAGUGGUUUUAUUUGGAUUCAGCUGAUGUUACGUACAAGUAAAUCCUUCAUCUGAGCCAUAGCUUCAAACGCAGCAAACAGCAUUUUUUCACCAUUGCCUGGUUCCCAAUGCUACUCCACAUUGUUCAUGCGCAUGUGCGAGUUACAACCCACUGACCAAUCAAAAGUUGCUUCCACUUCACUUCCUCUGUCAAACCCACAAGGUGUUCCACUUCCUUUGUCUUUUAAGAGAAAGAAAUGGCUCGGCGACAUCACAACAAUUGCUAUCCGUCCUACAGAAAUCUACAUUCUGGCUCUACUGAAGAUGGAUUUAAUUUCAUGGACAAAUAUAACCUGAACCUUACCUUCAAUCUAGAGUGCCUAGGUUGUUGCUUUGCGUACCUCAGAAGUAGGAAUUAUCAGGAAGUUAGUGGAGCUCUAUACGACCGAGUCUGUUACUCAACUACAAAUCUGAAUGCUCCUGGAACACCUUUGAAAACGAACAUGACUAAUUCCUUCGUAAAAGUGCCACGGGGUGCAGGAAAAAAUGGUCAAAUUGCCACAGGACAUGACUUAAAUUUGGGGGAAUUAUCAGUGCGCACACUGGGUCCUAACUCCAGAACGUACCAGUUGUAUUCGAAUAAUGCUGGACGUCUCAGCGUGGGUUUCGCAUCCGCAGCUCGCAUGGAGAGUGUUGCAAUUAAACUGGUAAGACCCGAUGAACUUGUCGAUAUAUAUCUUAGUUACGCAGAUGCUGCUUUGGUUGAAAAGUACAGAGAACGAAAGCAUAUUCCAAGUUUAAGUGAAGUUGAGGUAACAGGCUUUCUGCUUGUCCGCCAUCCUGGACAGACAGGACACUGAGAUAAGGAUCACACCGCAUGGACAACAGAACAUGGAACAUUUUCUUAACAUCUGUAGUUUUUUAAUUGAUUUGUUUUAGCUAUUGGUCUUAUUUCAACGUGUUUUAUUUCUUUGAAUGCGAAAAAUAAAGACAUUUAGAAUAAAAAAGUUAAGCGUGUUUGUGUGUGUGUCACAGGCGCUUGUUUCAGACUUCGUAAGCUAUGCUAUUUAAUGUUAUUAAAUCACUGUGUAGAAACAAGCAAGGGUAAAG